AUCGAUUUCCAGGCCCUGGCAGGCAGCUCUGCGCCGUUGGCCGACUUUCACUCCAGGGCUCCGACGUCGGCGUGCUGGCCCAACAACAAGAUUUGAUGUUCCAGUCGCUGGCGCAAUAGGAAGGAACGGGACGCGGCCGGGACUAGCUGCCUUCUGAACGCGCAACUUUCGCGACUCGGUGCCUGAGCAUUAGACUAUAUAAACCCCACCGCCCGCCCACCUGCAGCGUCCACCACCCACGCCUUCACCUACGCCUUCACCCACGACUCGUCGGUGACCAGUCAACCAGCUGCUAGCUGCCAGCUGCCAGCGCAAGGCCUGCCUCGUUGCCAAAGGUUGGUGCUACCCCAGCCGUUCUUCUUGCCUUUCUGAUCGCGCUGGCUUGCCACCACGCGGUCUGAGGGCACCCUCGAAACUACCUACCUAACCCUGCAGCUUCCACCACCAUGGAUUCGCAAGAGGCGACCCAGCCCUCGACGCAGCAAGUGCUCGAUCCUCGCCGGCUAGGGCGCAACCACUCUGGACUGGACGACAACGACAUCGCCGAUGUGUUGGUGAUCUUGCACCCUGCCACUCCGGCUGCCAUCAAGAUAGUCGAGAUGGCCGCGCAGACGACGCAAGAGCAUGUUCUGUUCUACCACUCCUUGGACUCUUUCGAUUCAGAACCCGUCGACAUCGAGGAACAAGAGACGAUCAUCAUCAGCAAGUCCGGAGAGCGCGUGGGUCAGGCGCCGCGGGCUGCCGCAGACCUCGCCCUGCGCAUGUCGAGUGCACGUCGGUUGAAGUACAAACAUCUUGGCUUCAUCUUUGGCCGUAAUCAACUCCUCUCAGACAUCGUCUUUGGCCAAGACUCCGGCAAGCGCAUCAGCAAUCAGCACUUCCGCAUUUACACCAACUUGGAGAACAUCCUCAUGAUCGAGGAUAUGUCCACCAACGGUACAUUGGUUGACGAUGUCUGGCUGAAAGGUCGCGACAAGCGCUUCAAUAAGGAACGCAUGCUCACGCCUAAUUCGAUGAUAACCAUCCCACACCCGAACGAGGCCGAGGUCGUCAGGUUUCUCGUUCGCAUUCCGCCGCACAACUCGCACUUGUUACGUUACAACCAGAAUUUGGAGGUUUUCGUAUCAGACUGUAAGACGGGUGCAGAGAGAGAUACAGCUUUGCAGCGCCUACAAAAACGAGCUCUUGGCCCUUCGAUGAAGUGGGAUGGCGGCGAGCGGUAUAACAUCAUCGGUCAAAUCGGAAAGGGCGCCUUCGCGACUGUCUACCAGCUCGCAACCAAGAUGGAUGGGAGGCUUCUGGCAGCCAAAGAGCUCGAGAAGCGGCGUUUUAUGAAGAACGGUCAUCUCGAUAAGAAAAUCGACAACGAGAUGAAGAUCAUGGAGUCACUGCGGCACCCGCACAUUGUCGAAUUCAUCGAGUACCACGAUCAGGGCGACCACCUAUACAUCAUCAUGGAGUACGUCCGCCAUGGGGAUCUGCAGAAGUUUCUGAUCGACGAGGGUCCCAUGCGUGAAGACAUGGCUCGACGGAUGGCGCAGCAAAUCUUGAGCGCUUUGAACUACCUACAUCACUCCAAGAUCACCCACCGAGACAUCAAGCCGGACAACAUCCUCAUUGCUGAGCUGGAUCCCCUGCAGGUCAAGCUCUCGGACUUUGGUCUCUCGAAAGUCGUAACGCACGCGGAAACUUUCCUCAAGACGUUCUGCGGCACUCUACUCUAUUGUGCACCCGAAGUCUUCCCCGACUUUCAAGGGCAGGGAAAGAAGCGUCGACGCGAGACAACACUAUAUAAUUCGUACAGCUCAUCCGUGGAUAUUUGGUCAUUCGGCGGUGUGCUGUGGACCGCCCUCUGCGGAGAGCCGCCCUUCAAAGGAAUAGCCGACGCCACAGGUGAGGCGAUGUACAACAACAUCAUGUCUACGCCUCUCGAUCCGGCUGCACUCAGGAAACGCAAUGUCUCGGAAGACUGCAUUGAUCUGCUUUGCCGGAUGCUUCAAACAGAUCCCGCUGCUCGCCCAACGGAGCUGGAAUGCUUGAAACACCCAUGGCUGAGGGAUGGCGCUACCCUCCCCGCCGAUCCGACUCUUCAGUCAAUCGUUGAAGAAGAUGAGCCCGAAGGAGCCGAGCAAAAGCUUUCGCAGUUGAGUCUCGGCGAAGAGAUCCCGGAAUCCGACGAAGAAGCCGAUAUCCUGUCCGAUCAUGAAUUCGAAAUGCUCAUAGACAGCAGACAGUCGAAGCGCGUCCGCACCGACCCGCUAUUUCCUCGAAAUCAGCUGCGGGACUAUGAUGAGGGGGAUGAUUCUAGCAGGGAUCCUUCUUUCCACUCCGAGCACGACAUGGAGCGGGAUGAUGGCGGCGAAGAGAGCUUCCAAGUUGUGCCAAAGCCUUCUCGGCCACGGCUCUUUGGCGAGAUCGGCCAGUCCGCGCUGCACAGCUCCGGCCUGCUGAACGCGGUCGCGAACGAGGCGCUCUGUGACGAGGGUUCUGCCGGUGAUUGGUCUCAGGAACCCGUUCGAAAUGCCAGUGGAGCAGUUAGUAGGGCUCAGCGCGAGCGGCAGGAGGCGUUCGCCGCUGUGCCCCAGCUUGAUGGGGGCAUCUCUUCUUCAAGCCUGCUUGGGGCAGAGUGGAUGGUACGGGACCUGAACAUGGCGUCACCUGGGUCCGGUCCGCACAGUCCAAACGAGCCGGCUACCCCAAAGACGCCUGAUGUUCCUCAGCACAACUCGCUGGAGACUUCGGACAAGGACGCGAGCCAGAUCAGCGAGCCUACUCCGAAGGCUAGGCCGGGCAUGAAUCGCCAGAUCUCUCUACCAAAAACUGCGUCGUUCUUUUAUGAUCCUUACGACCCAAGCACGCACACGCUUGAGUAUGCUUCAAAAGUCAGUGGCUUCGAUUUUGUGGGUGCGCAGCAAGCGGCUACGGUGGGCGCGUCCGCCAUUGAGGAUACCAUUAGGCAGUCUGGUGCUGAUGGGACUGAUACUCCUCCCGAUGAAGUGGGUGAGGCCGAACUGACCGCGGCGGUUCCCUUUGUUCCUGCUGAGCUGGACAUCAAGCCACCCCCGCGGCGACUUGGCAAGCUUUCUGCCACUGCGGACUCCUUUGCUCCCAGUCUCGUUCUGAACAUCGAUCAGAGUAGGACUUCAUGGGGUAGGCUUCCAACGAAUACGAUUGUGUACGAGGACAGGAGUGACACCCGGGUCCCUAAGACGGCGUUCGUUAUCUUUUUCUGGUCCUCGCAGCCCGGUCUAGGAGAGAACGUUCAGGAGCUCUCGCAGCAAGGAAAGGACUGGACCGGCCUCGACCAUAUUCAUGUCGGCAUCUUCACAUGCGCGACCUCCGGCAUCACAAUCAAUGGCAAGCAUAUCCGGAGGAAGGAUGACAAGGGUCGCGCGGUCUAUGGCCACCUCCACAACGGGGAUAUCAUCCAGGUCUACCACGAUUCCCGAAGCGGCGAGUGCCUCAAGUUCAAGUGCGAGUUCUACCUCGGAUAUGGCAAGGAGCCUCGUUCGGCGGGUGAGAGCUUCCUCGUCCUCUACGGCGCCAAGCUUCCAGAGUAAGACCAUCCCUGAUAUGCUUUUCACAUCAGCGCGUCCUCGUCCAAAAUUUGACAUCUCCCUACGGUACGUGGAACAUUUCCCUGUUUUUAGCGGGCGCUGGCGGA